CCUUCUCACCCGUGGGGCUUCAUGCUGGGCACGCUGGGGGCCAUGCAGAAGGCUGGGGCGAGGGGCCGGAGGGCCUCGGACUGCGGCCCUGCCCCUCACCGGCCCAGGUGCAUCACCAAGUUUGCCCAGUACGUGGGCUCCUUCCCCGUGGACGACCUGGACACCCAGGAGAGCGUGUGGCUGGUGCAGCAGCAGCUGUGGGCGCUGAAGGACUGUCCCCGACGUCGGGCUGUUGUCCUAAAAUUCAGCCUCCAGGGCCUCAAGAUCUACAGCGGGGAGAGCGAGGUGCUCCUGAUGGCGCACGCCCUGCGGCGAAUAUUCUACUCCACCUGGUGCCCAGCCGACUGCCAGUUCGCCUUUGUGGCCCGGAACCCCCAGAGCCCAGCCAGCAAGCUCUUCUGUCACCUCUUUGUGGGCAGCCAGCCUGGAGAGGUCCAGAUCCUGCACCUGCUGCUCUGCCGCUCCUUCCAGCUCGCUUACCUCUUGCAGCACCCUGACGAGCGGGCACAGCCUGAGCCCUGUCUGGGGCCCGCAGGGGACAUGCCCCCGAAGUCCCUGUCCAGCCCCGGGGCCCGCCCUGGCCUAGUACAGGAGCCCUUUGGCCGAGAUCAGCUCUCAGAGAACGUUUAUGCACUGGUCUCCUUCCGGCGGCUGCCAGCAGAGGGGCCCACGGGCAUUGGGAAGGAGCUGCCAUGGUUGGAAGGCCGUGGGGGUGCCCGCCACGUCCGCCUCGGGAAUCCCUACUGCUCGCCCACUCUGGUGCGCAAGAAGGCCAUCCGCAGCAAGGUGAUCCGCUCCGGGGCCUACCGCGGCUGCACCUACGAGACCCAGCUGCAGCUGUCGGCCCGCGAGGCCUUUCCUGCUGCGUGGGAGAAGUGGCCCCGGGGUCCCGGUGGCUCCUCGUGCUUGGUGGAGAGCGAGGGCAGCCUGACGGAGAACAUCUGGGCCUUCGCUGGCGUCUCCAGGCCCAGCGCCCUCGCCCUGCUGCGGAGAGACGUGCUUGGGGCCUUCCUGCUGUGGCCUGAGCCGGGCGCCAGUGGCCAGUGGUGCCUGUCGGUGCGGACGCUGUGCGGCAUCGUGCCCUACCAAGUCUACCGGAACCAGCUGGGCCGCUAUGGCGUGGAGCACCUGCCUGCCGAGUUCCCCAGCCUGGAGGCCCUGGUAGAGCAUCACGCUGGGACUGAGCGCAGCCUCUUCUGCUCCCUGGACAUGGGCCGCCUGAACCCCGGCUACGAGGAGCACGACCGUAGGCCCGAGGGCAGGCCUCCCCGGACACUCCGGCCCCUUAGCCACGCCAAGUCGGAGGCAGAACUGCAGGGCCUGGGCUAGGGGGCCAGCCCCCACACCAGCAGGCCCUGCGUCGCCCUGGCCCCUGGGCCCCAGCCAGCCACUCUGCCCUUCUUCCACCCCGCUGGUCACCAGUUCUGGCCAGUCACUCUGCCCCUGGGGCCUGUCUUCUGUCUCUUCACUGGUUGUGUGGGGGUGCAACCCCCCCCCCAGAUUGGGUUCUCAUGCGACAUAUGGCCCCUUGAGAUUACAGGAAGGGCAGGCAUCCGUGAACUUGCGGGUGACUCUGGAUGCUUGUCCUCUGUGGGCUUCACCGGAGCCUUCUGGGGGGAGGGGGCGGGAAGGCUUACUCACAGUGGAGGUGUAGCCCCUCCCAGGAGGCCGGGCCCUGCCUGCCUGGGCAUCUCCAGAGAGCUCGUGACUGAGGGAGGGGUGUCUGGGGAGGAAGUUCUCACUUCGGGCAAAGGCCUGGGGGCGAGCCACCCCAGUGAGGGACACAGAUGUGACCGAAGCCUGUGGCCACAUCAUCCCGCCUGUGUCACAGGCCAUCGAAGGUUAAGGGAGUCUUCCCUUGAGUUGUGAGGAAUGGGGGUUCGAAGGGGCAGGACAGACAAAGAGCAGUGCCACCCAAAGCCCACUCAUGGGGUGGAUGCCUGUAUGCAGAAAGGGGCGUGAACCAAGGAAUCUCAGCGUGUUGUUUGGGAAGGCUGGUUUCUCUCUCCCCAGAACCACAGGGUUGUGAUUCCCGCUUACUGGGAAAGGUUGCCCACCCUCCUCCGCUCCCCCACGUGCCCGAGAGCCUCCAAGACACACGCACACAUUGCGUUUCCCUUCGUCAUUUGACUGGGAGGGGCUUGCAGACCACGGACUUAGAGGGGUGGCCAUUGGCAUUGCCCUUAGCGUGGUGCUGGCCAGGCCUGCCCGGAGCCAUCUCAUCUCCUUAGGCGGCUCCACUGGGGAGCAGUCAUCCGGAGUUAGAAAUCACGUGGGCCCUGCCGGACGGGGCUCAGCCUCUGGACAGGGGGGUCCCCGGCAAUGACUAGUCUAAGGCACUGGGCCUGUGCUGCCUGGGCAGGUCCAGGUACCCCCCCCCCCCCCUUUACAAGUCAACCUGACAAGACACAUCUACCAAGUGAGGGAGCAAGGUCACUUGGGGUGAACUGAUUCUCAGGCAGAGGCCUGGUCCUGAGUCUGGGGGCUGCCCCCUCCCCCUUCUGGGAGCAGAUGCGACUGUUCAGUGCCUUGAAAAUAAGACUUCUGACCUCGGGGAGGAAGAUGGCGGCCCCAAGAAAAGAGAAAGGAAAGAUCCUUGGAAUCCCCAGCUUCGGGUCCACACCCAGGAAAUGGUCUUGGCUGGGGGCUUCGUCAUUCCUGCCAAAAGGGAUGGAAGGGCGCUGUCCUUUGGGGGCUUGUUUCACUGGAACUGUGUCAUUGGUUCUGUACUGAAUGUGAAUGGGAACCCACAACUCCCUUGCAGCCAUUUCUAUCAGAAGCCAUCUCCGUGGGCCAAGGCCUGGUCCCUCCAUUUCCCUGGCAAGGAGAGGGGUUUGGGGCCCUACAGCACUGCAGCCACGCAUUUAAGGAGACCGGGUACCUGGCCCAGGCUUAGGCCAAAGUUCGCCUCCCUGCUGGGUGCAUUUCAUUGUGCAGGUUACCUGGGUGUCGGGUGUUCCCAGAGCACUCUACCGUUCUCCACACAGCAUUUAUUGUCACGUGGCGCAGACAGGGCAAGGUUUUUCCACCCAUGUGUGUAGAUGCUCCAGUAUCCAUUCCAGAUCAUUCUCUUCCAACCAGCACCACCUGGGCAGCCCAGUUCUCACUGUACGUACUUGAAAUAAAGUGC